AGAAAAUCUAAAAUUAUAGGAACGUCAUGCUAUGAGGAAUUGAAAUAGUUAAAUUUUGUAUCUUCAUUGUUACCAAGUUACACCAGAUAACGACAAACAACAGUCCAAAUGAGUCAGAGGGAAAGUCAACUUUUACCCUGCUAAAUUUCUAAAAUCGUCUGGUCCAUCGUUCAGUUUGGGCAAUACCAUUUUUUCAUUUGAAGGGGUGAUCACAGAAUAUUCACUCACUUAAUAGCGGACAGCGCAGACCAUGAACUUAAGAGUUUACUCAUAAAUAUAGUCACAUACGGACAUAUAGAUUAACUCUUGCAAAUUCUUUUCUGUAUCCGGUAUCUUGACUGCAGAAAAUAAUUAUUCGUGGAAUAAACUCAUAGAUAUAGCCACGUUUCUAGACACGUAAUUUUUAUCUUUUGAAAAAUAUCGUUGUUAUUUAUAUGUGCUUUUGUGAUUGCUGUAAAUAACUGAUGGAGGAAAAAAAUUAAGAAAAACAAAAGACUGCUAAUCCUCGUGUGACUAAAUGUAAUCCUAUAGUGCUGCCGCACGUGUGCGAAAUAUGCAAAACUUCCUUUUUCAAACAAAGGAAUGUUAAUGAAACACAAAAUUGUUCAUGGGAAGAUUACAAAACCUCUUGUGCUGCCGCACGUGUGCGAAGUAUGCAAAACUUCUUUUUCAAACAAAGAAAUGUUAGCGAUGCACAGGAGUGUUCAUGUUAAGGUUGACAAACCUUCAUAUCAGUGUAAGAUAUGCAAGAGGUCUUUUGGACAAAUGGGUCAUUUAAAAGCUCAUAUGGAUAUUCACAUUAAACGUCCUUUUUUGUGUGAAGUGUGCUUGAAAUCAUUUGCUAAAGAAGAGCAAUUAACUCGGCAUAAACUUAUCCAUAGUGAAAUACCUCAGAAAUAUAAAAAGUCUUACAAGUGUGAAAAAUGCAUGAAAGUGUUUAAGGCAUUAAAAACUUUAACUGAACAUAUGCGCACUCACACUGGUGAGGGUAUCCAUGAGUGUAAAAUAUGUACAAAAUUGUUCACAACUGCAGGAGGUUUAAAAGAACAUAUGCGUGUCCAUACUGGAGAACGCCCUUUCAUAUGUGAUAUAUGUGGUAAACGGUUUAAGUCAUCUGGAAAUUUACGGGAGCACCGGCGCAUUCAUACGUGUGGAAUUUGCAGUAUGACUUUUGCAUCUGUAGCAGAGCUAAGAAGUCACUGGCGCACACAUUCAGUUGUGCGUCCGUUUGAGUGCGACGUAUGCAGGAAAUCUUUCAAAAAUAAAAGAUAUUUAGAGUUUCAUCGGGAACUUCAUUCUGCAGAGAAUUUAUACAAUUGUGAAAAAUGUGAAAAAUCUUUUUUGACCUUGCAUCUGUUUAAAAAACAUGAGCGCAAACAUUCUAAUGGGCUUUCACAUUCUACUAGACAUCUGUACCUGUGUGAAAAAUGUGGGAUAACAUUCCAAGUGUCCGCAGAUUUACAUAAUCACAUGCACGUUCAUUCAGGUAUUCGACCAUACGGAUGUGACAUUUGUGGAAAGUCUUUCAAGUAUGCUGCAAGCUUAAAGGGGCAUAAACAGCAAAAACACAAUGUUGAUCGCUUGCAUGAGUGUGAUAUAUGUGGUACAUCAUUCAAAACGGAGAGAUAUCUACGGGAUCACAAACGGUACCAUACAGGUGUUCGAGCUUACGGAUGUGACAUAUGCACAAAACGUUAUGUAACUUCAUCAGAUCUAAAGAAACACAAACGUAUUCAUGCAAAUGAAUGUAACAUUUGCAAAAAAUCUUUCAGAGAGGUUAAUACUCUAAAACGCCACAUGCGUUUUCAUUCUACAGAACGUUCCUAUCACUGUGACAUAUGUAAUCUAUCAUUUAGAGUUGCAGCGUUUCUACUGAAGCACAAGCGCAUUCAUUCAGAUGUACGACGUUACGAAUGUGACAUUUGCAAAAAACGCUUCCAUUUUUGAUAUGCUUUAACGAAACAUAAGCGUUGCCAUAGUGAUGAGAGAUUAUACAGUUGUCAACUAUGCCAAAAAGAGUUCAAAGAAAAAAGUUUGUUAAAACUACAUAAAGAUAAAAAACACUUAAGGAAAGAAUAAAUACGUGGCAGAUAAUGCGCAAAGUCUUCUAUGAAAGUCAGUGUCUCUGGAUUCAUUCUGGCGAGAUAUGCUCUUGAUUUGUCCGCA